AUGUAAUAAUAAUCAAUAUCAGAUUUCGAUAAUCUUGAACAAGAACAUAAGUUGAUUGAUUAAGUUAAUUAAAAGUCAAAAUAGGGGAAGUUUAAAUAGUAUAAAUAAGGAUAAUACUAUGGUGAUAUAUAAAACAAUGUUAGACAUGGAUAUGGUAUAUAUAGAUAAAUUAAUGAACAUAAUAGGACUAAUGACAUAUUAAGACAGAUAUUAUAUAGGAUUUUGGAAAAAUGAUAAGAAACAUGGAUAGGGUAAAGAGGUAUUAGAUAAAGGGGAUUAAUAUGAAGGUUAGUUUGAGGAUGGUAAACCUCAUGGAGAAGGAACAUUGGAAACUACAAAUGGAAUAUAUUCAGGGAGUUGGGUAUAGGGUAUAAAAUAAGGUUAUGGUAAAUGGAGAGGAAAAAAUAAUGAAGUGUAUGUAGGGGAAUGGAAAUGCAAUAAAGCAAAUGGAUAUGGAAGAUAAGAUUAUUAAGAUGGAGGAUGGUAUGAAGGUGAAUUUAAGAAUUAUUUAAAAUAUGGGAAAGGUAAAGAAAGUUAUGCUAAUGGAGAUUUUUAUGAUGGAGAUUUCAUAAAUGAUAAACCUGAUGGUUUUGGAAUAUAUAGAUGGGCUGAUGGAUCAUCUUAUCAUGGAACAUUUUGUAGUGGAGUAAGACAUGGAAAAGGUUAUUGGUUAAAGAAUGAAGAUCCUUAAUAUCAUGAAAGUUAUGAUGGUUAAUAUAUUAAUGAUUUAAAAUGUGGACAUGGUGUUUAUAGAUGGCCUAGUGGAAAUGUAUAUGAAGGAGAAUUCUUUAAUGAUCAUAGACAUGGAUAUGGAGAAAUGAGAUGGAUUGAUGGAUCAUUUUAUAAAGGUUAAUUUCAUAAUGGUUAAAUGUGUGGAUAAGGUGAAUUAAAAAGAAAUAAUAAACCUAUUAUUCAUGGAUAUUUUGAAGCUAAUAAACUAGUCAAAGAAUAUAAAAAGAAAUCUCUUCCUACAUCUAAUAAUUGCAGUUAAAACAAUAGUUAUGAUGGUGGUAGAAAAAAUUACUUCUCUCUACAUUAAUCUUUUAAUCAAUACUAAAAUAUUUAACCAAUUUCUAAAUCACAUAUCAAAUCUGAAUCUAUUGAACCUAUAUCUAAAUAAAUUAAAAGAGAAAAUAAUAUUUCAGUUGAUGAUAUUAAUAAAAAUUAAAAUCAACUUCAUUAAAAUAAGUUUAAAAUCUAAAUCGAUUUUGAUGAACAACAUUAACAAUUAUCUAAUCAAUAAAAAUAUAAAACUAUAAGUACUACAAAUCGCCCUUUUUAAACUCAACAAGAGAGUUUGUUAUCUGUUACUAAUAGACCUUAAUCAACUAAAAAAGUUAUUAUUGAUAGUUUUAAAUUUAAACGAAGCUAAAACUCUUUUCGAUUACAAUCAUUAAAUUAAUCUACUAGGUAAACACAAAAUUCUCUUCCAAAAUAAGCAAUUAACUGA